CAAGAGAUAUAGUCCUUGACAGUAACAAUACCAUCCCAAAUUAUUUCAAUUCAGCCUCCUCACUCAUUCUUCUGCAAUCAAACAGCAUGGAUCUGCGCUGGUCCCUUCUUGGCCUGGUGGCCUUUGCUUUAUUUGUGAAACUUACUAGGUCCAAGGAUCGACCGGCAUCACCAAACAACAAGAACAACAAGGAUCUGAGCAAACCUCAAUUCGGAGCCUCUUCAUCUUCCUCUUCCUCUUCCUCUUCUCCUUCCUCUUCUUCUUCCACCCAUUCAUUCACACACGAUGUCUUUCUGAGCUUCAGAGGUCCAGAUACGCGCAACAAUUUCACAGGCCAUUUGUACCGCAAUUUGGUUCAGGAGGGAAUAACUACCUUCAUUGAUAAUGACCUUACAAGAGGAGAAGAUAUAACAAAGGAGCUUCUCAAUGUAAUUGAAGGAUCAAGGAUUUCCAUUGUUGUAUUUUCUGCAAAAUAUGCGUCUUCAAAGUGGUGCUUGGAUGAACUUGUCAAGAUCUUUCAAUGUAAAAAAUCCAAGCAACAAAUCGUGUACCCAGUAUUCUACAAGGUAGAUCCGUCAGAUAUACGACACCAGAAGGGCCAGGUUGGUGAUGCAAUUGCUCACCUUAGCAAACACAAGGAUAACUUAAAGAAGGUGAAGAGUUGGAAGGCAGCUCUAACACAAGCAGCAACUUUGUAUGGGUGGCACAUCUUGGAUGGAGGGCAUGAAGCAAAUUUCAUUGAUGCAAUUGUUAAAGAGAUAUCAACCAAAAUAAUGAGAUUCAACCCUUUAGAUGUAGCACCAUAUCCGGUUGGAUUAGAAUCUCGUGUAGAAGACAUACUUAAGCUCUUAAAUGUUCGGGAACACAAUCCUCACAUGAUAGGAAUAUGGGGAAUUGGUGGAAUAGGAAAAACAACACUUGCAAAAGCUGUUUACAAUUCAAUUAGCAAUGAGUUUGAACAUAGUUGUUUCUUGGCAAAUGUUAGAGAAGAAUCAUUUUCACAUGAAGGUCUUGUCAAGCUACAAAACAAUCUUCUUUCUAAGAUUAUAGAGAGGGAUCCACCUAAAGUGAACAAUGUUGAUGAAGGAAUCAUUGUGCUGAAGCAAAAACUAAGCCAGAAAAGGGUUCUCUUAAUUCUUGAUGAUGUGGACCACUUGAAUCAGUUAAAGAAACUUGCGGGAGGGUGUGAUUGGUUUGGUCCAAGAAGUAGAACUAUCAUAACAACAAGAGAUAUGAAUUGCCUAAGGGCUCAUAAAGUCAAUUCAAUAUAUGAGGUUAAGGAAUUAAAUGAUCAAGCAGCUUUAGCGCUCUUCAAUUUCAAUGCCUUCAAAGGAAAUAAACGUAUGGAUGAUUUCUUUGAACUUGCAACUGAGGUAAUAUGUUAUGCUAAAGGGGUUCCGUUAGUUUUGGAAAUUUUGGGGUCAGAUCUAUGUAGUAAAAAUAAGGCUGAGUGGAAAGAUGCAUUAGAGUAUUACAGCAGAUAUCCUAACCAAGAGAUUCAACAAACUCUCAAAAGAAGUUACGAGUCAUUGGAGGAUCGGAUGAAAGAAGUUUUCCUUCAUAUUGCAUGUUUCUUUAAAGGUUACAAAGAAAGCUAUGUGAUAGAUGUCCUACAAAGCUGUGACCUCAAUCCUGUGUAUAGUCUCAAAGUCCUCAUGGAAAAGGCCUUAAUAAAAAUUGCUAAAGACAAUAGCAUUUGGAUGCAUGACCUUUUAGAAGACAUGGGAAAAGAAAUUGUUCGGCAAGAAUCUCCUAAUGAGACAGGACAACGCAGUAAACUGUGGCUUUAUGAGGAUGUUUGCGAGGUCCUUGAGAAAAACACAGGAACUGAUAGAAUUAAAGGCAUCGUGUUAAGAGGUGUCUAUUCACGAAAGAUACGGUUGAAUGGCAGAAGCUUCGCAAACUUAAAAAAUCUUCAAAUUUUUAUAGUCGAUCAUGGGAGGCCUUGUGGAGAUGGCAUGGAUUAUCUCCCCAACCAAUUGAGGGUCCUUGACUGGGAUGAUUGUUCAUUACGACUCGAUAUGCUGCACAUGAGGAUGAGUGGGCCCUGGGUCCUUGACUGGAAUGAUUGUUCAUUACAACUCGGUAUACGGCGUGGAGAUGGCGUGGAUUAUAUCCCCAACCAGUUGAGGGCCUUUGACUGGAAUGAUUGUUCAUUACAACUCGAUAUACGGCGCAUGAGCAUGGGUGGGCCCUACAAAACUCCACUAAUCAAGGGAUUUAAGAAUAUUGGAUAUUUUAAAUCUAUCAAAUUGUCGCGCUGUGAUGGUUUAACAACAAUUCCCGACUUUUCUGGAUUAACGAGCUUAGAGUAUUUGGAGCUGUUUUACUGUAGAGAUUUAGUUGAAGUUCAUCCUUCGGUUGGCGUUCUCCGUAAGCUCGUCAAUUUGGAACUCACCCACUGUGAAAAGCUCCAGAUAUUUCAAGAGAGGAUCAACUUGAAAUCUUUGGAAACGCUGCAUCUCUCUCGUUGCUAUCAACUUAAGUUCUUCCCUGAAAUUGAAGGAGACAUGAAGUCCUUGAAUCGCCUGCAUCUAAGUUACACUGACAUCAAAGAGCUACCUUGCUCAGUUGGAAAUCUCACUGGCCUUAAAUCCUUGUCUCUAAAUAGCUGCCAUAAUCUUACAGAUAUACCAUCGAGCAUUUUCUAUGGAUUGCAACGUCUGGAGGAUCUUGAUCUACGACUCUGCUCUAAGCUUGUUACAUUUCCAACAAAGUUAGAAUCACUUCCUCCACCGGUCUUUUCAACUAACCUGACAAGAUUACAAGUUCAUCUGGACCAUUGCUGGCGGCUUGAAGAAAUUUCAGAAUUUCCACGAGAAAUAGAUGGCUUAUAUGUGACGGAUUGUUUGUCAUUGCAAAGAAUUUCAAAGUUGUCAAAAAUUUUGGAGGGUAAAGAUUCAAAAAUGUUCGGUCGGUUGGACUUGACUGACUGCCGGAGACUCUGCAACAAUUUGGCUCGUGGAAUUGACGGAACCAAAGAAUUGAGGAGAGAGGAACGCAUUCUGUUGUCCAACAAUAUGCUGAUUGCUGCUAAAGAACUACUCCUUUGAAAACAUGACGCUCGAUCAUCAUCAUACAAUGUUAAGGAGUUCAAUUUAGAGGAAAUGAUCAAGUGAGUCUUUGGAAUCAAACCUCAAGAGCAUGAUUAAUGGAGUUGAUAAGACCUACACUGAGGGUCUGUAUGUCUGAAUUCCUUGUCUGUUCCAGAGCAGUAAAGAGGACACAUUGAUCAAUAUUUCAGAAAUAAAAGGAGAGGUAAAAAUCCUUAUGCAAUGUCUGUAUUAAGUUGAGGUGUGAAGGAACUAGAUGCUCCAGAUAUGAGCAAGUGGAUUAUGUACUUCAUUAGCAAGCAAGGUUGGUGGCAAGUGGAUCAUGGAUUUCAUUCAUUUUUUCCAUGCAUAAUCAGACACACCUCAAGAGGGUUUGGUCUCUUUGCAGCUUUGGUGGCAUAGUGAAUCCCGGUCCUCUUCAACUGUCACUAUCCCAUUCGCGAGUGUAAUGGAUUCUGUUUCAUAAGUUUACUUCCAAUUUAUUGAUGAAUAAUCAGAUUAAGAUGAGAAGAGAACAGCAUUUGGGCCUCUUAAGAAGAAAGCAAGACAUGCCUCUAGAAAGUUGAGUUAUCCUUGAUAAAAAGGUUCUAAGGGGCAGAGUAAUGUCUGCCCAGAUUGAGGACACUGAUGCAGAAGAGUUGCCAGGGGGUGGAAGCAUUUGACCAAGAGCUUAUAUUGGAACAACAUGGUGAUGAACAUAUAAGAUGCUAAACUUGAGGAAGGAAUUUUCUGCUCAACUAUGACAGACUGAUCUAAUCAGUGGGAUGCCAACCGGAGAUUUAAUUACUUUAGUACUGGGUUCUACUCUGCACUCAUCUUUGUAACUUCUGAUAUUUGACAAGGUGAAAAUCAGCAAUGCUGUCGUCUUGAGGCAAGGUUAGAUGAAUCAAGAGAUCUGGUCAAGACAAUACUGAGUCACUGAGUUUAGAAUGCAUUGUAAAGUGCUUUCAAGAAGAUUUUAGAUUUUUGGUAGCAGCCUUGCCUGGUGUAUUACAUCCCGACUUUUCCGGUCAAUUCUCAGCAUUACCCGAAGCAGUCUGGAAGUGCCAACAUGGAUUCUUCAUCGUACAUCCGCAUACCAAUGCAAUCAGCUUGAUUUUGCACAGCUCGUGUCUUAGAGAGACCAUGAUCCUACCUCUGCAGUAAGAAUACGAAACGAAUACUCAAUAUAGCCAAAACCUCCAACACAUAUUGUCCCAACUGGUGCAAGGUUAACAAUUCACAGGGUGUUGCAGCCCUAUCUCUGGAAGAAUUGGUGCAGGAGAAUAUUAUGAUGGAGUUUAGCGACUGGAUCAAAGGUUUUUCUAUAAGCCUUGCUCUUGGUACAAUCAUGAAUGCUGAAGUCUCAAGGGUCUUCUUAUUCAAGCUUAGUUAGUCCGCGAAGAGCCUAUUCUGUGACACUAGCAGGGACAUCUCAAUGACUCAUGUCUAGCUACAAGGAAGUUAAUGAAACAGCAGAUAACUUGCCAAGCUCGAUCAUCCUUAGCCAUUGAUUUAUAACUUUUGGCUAAAGAAGUCUUAUGGAUUUGUAAAGACUAGGGUUAUGCAAUAUUGUAAAUGCAAUGCUAGUUUCGUUCGCGCUUAGGUGCCAGACUCCAUGAAAGAAAAGAAAGGGAAAUGCACCCUAUGUAGUUGAAUUUCAGAUACUUGCAGCUUUCUGUGCCACAUGAAUUUUUUUUUGAUAUGAGAACUGAUUCCUUUC